AUGCGGACCCGCGGCCUGGAGCGGUCGGCGGGGCCGCGGGGAGGCGGGAGAGGAGAGGGGCGCACUGUCCAGGCUCCCGGGAGUCGGCGAGGCUGCACACCCGACCCCCGGGGACCAGCAAUCAGCGGGGAGGCCCAGCCGGGCGGAGCUCUCAGCGCCGCCGCGCGCCUCCCCAGGCUUCCGUUACCUGGGUCCACCCUCUCCGCCCAGGAGACGCUCCUUAAAGGGGCCGCGCCGCGAACCAGGGCAACAGUGCCCGGGCACGCUAAGUCCCUGAAGGGAUUUAUCGCAAAACGCAGAAGCACCGUCUGUGACCCCCUUUUCCGCGUCUGCCACUCCUCUUCACAGCUGCGCAGUUUAAACCUUAGAAGUGUUACACUAUCCUGUGGAUUGCAGAUCUUGGACGAGGUGGAAAAGAGAAGAGAAAUCUCCCCUGCUCUGGUGCAGCCUCUCAUGAGGAGUGUCAUGGAAGCCCCUUUCCCAGCCCUGGGCAAAACUAUCACUGUCAAGACCUUCCUGCCAGGCUCGGGGACUGAGGUGAUUGAACUGUGCCGCCCGAUGGACUCCCGGCUAGAGCAUGUGGACUUUGAGUCUCUGUUCUCCUCCCUCAGCGUCCGGCACUUGGUUAGUGUUUUUGCCUCCCUGCUUCUGGAAAGGAGGGUCAUCUUCAUCGCAGACAAACUCAGCACGCUGUCCAAGUGCUGCCACGCCAUGGUAGCGCUCAUCUACCCCUUCAGCUGGCAGCACACCUACAUACCAGUGCUGCCGCCUGCCAUGAUCGACAUUGUGUGCUCGCCCACGCCCUUCCUCAUCGGGCUGCUCUCCAGCUCGCUGCCGCUGCUCAGGGAGCUGCCACUGGAAGAGGUUCUUGUAGUUGACCUCAUCAAUGAUCGGUUCCUCAGACAGAUGGAGGACGAGGAUUCCAUUCUGCCGAGGAAGCUUCAAGUGGCCCUGGAACACAUCCUGGAGCAGAGGAAUGACCUAGCCUAUGACCAGGAUGGAGGCCCCCUCGACUGUGUGCAUGGCCCUGAGUCCAGCCCCUUGAAUGAGGUGGUGUCCGAAGCCUUCGUCCGCUUCUUUGUGGAGAUUGUGGGCCACUACUCCUUGUUCCUGACCUCAGGCGAGGAGAGGAGCCUGCAGCGAGAAGCCUUCAGAAAAGCUGUCUCCUCUAAAAGCCUGCGACGCUUCCUGGAGGUCUUCAUGGAGACCCAGACUUUCCGUGGCUUCAUGCAGGAGAGGGAACUGCGCAGGCAGGAUGUCAAAGGCCUGUUUGAAGUCCGAGCCCAGGAGUACCUGGAAACCUUGCCCAGUGGAGAGCACAGUGGUGUCAAUAAGUUCCUCAAGGGACUGGGCAAUAAGAUGAAAUUUCUCCACAAGAAAUAACCCUCCUCUUGGCUCCAGGGAAGAGUUCUGCUAGAGUUCUGAGAGGCUGAGGGCUGACCCCAGGGCCCAGCUCCUUCCACAGUGUAGCCUGUGAGCUGGGGAGGUGCAGAUGCUCAGGACAGCCCUGGAAGGGACCCACCAACGUGCAAACUGUGUUACUGUGGUUGGUUCUGGGACCUUUAGAUCCUAGAUAUUAAAAGAAAAGAAGAAAAGUG